AUGCAGGACAUUUUGGACGACUUGGAGCGUUUGUGCGAAGACGUCGAUGGCUACCUCGAGGAUGAUUCUGACGAAGGCAAUUCGUCAGAAGACUCCUGCGACUCUGAGGAAGACUCGUCCGAGGAGGAAGGUGUCCUCGUCUGGGAAGCCGAUAGUUCCGUCUCGUUCAAGGACAGCGAGAAGGGCCGUACCCUUGUCGAGGUCCCGCGUUCGCAUAUCGCCUUCGAGGACGUUCAGGCUCAGUUCGAGUGUCAGUGGCAACACACUCCUAUGCCUCCCACAAUCCACAAGGUUUACAGGGUCACUUGCAGCAAGCAGCACAUCGCAAGAUUUGAUCGCUACCGGGCUGAAGUGGGGCGGCGUAUCGGAUACGCGGAUGGGAAUGUGAUACGCUGCUGGCACGGGACGGCUCGCGCGUGUCGCGUUGGAGACGACUCAUCGCGACUGACCCCUUGCUCGAGAAGCGACUGUUCGCUCUGUAAUGUCAUGAAGUGGUCGUACGAUCUAUCGUGGUCGGGAAAGCGCCGAUCGUGGGGACGCUUUGGCUCAGGGAUCUAUACGUCCUCUACCUCCUCGAAGGCCUAUGACUACGUCCAAGAACGCGGAGGAUCUAGAUAUAGCGCCUUGCUCCUCAAUGAGGUUGUCGCAGGCAACCCACUGUGCCUGACAGACAACUGCUCAAGCCUCAAACGGCCGCCGUCGGGCUACGACUCCGUUCAAGGUGUACCCGGGACAGAUCUGAACUACGAUGAAUGCGUCGUUUACACGGACGCGGCAAUUAGGCCGGUAUAUCUUGUCCUUUUCAGAUGAACCUCUGCAGACGGCAUGAACUACUUGCUUGAACCCGCCUUUUACUCUCGGACCACUGGGCUAGUCUGUUACUGUAACUUGUGUCUCUUGCGAGCAGGCCUAGCCAACGUAUUUAAUGAUUCUUGUGGGAGCGAGCCUCCUGCGAAUGUAGAUAUUGAGGAGAGCUCAAUAGGUAGCAACCUUGUCGAACCAAUAUU